AGCAACUAGGCCUAUUGACGUAGCGCGCAGAAGUUUUGGAUAUCAUGGCCGUUGAUAAUCAAACUGUUGUGUACAUUUCAGAACAGGUAGUUAUUUUGAUUUCGUGUGCCCUGUCGUUUUGGGGAUCUUUACUUAUUAUCUGUACGUACAUCCUUUGGCCAGAUUUGAGGACAACGCCGAGGACACUUCUGGUCUUCUUGUCCGUGGCUGACUUUUUGUCUGCGGGCUCGUACGCAUACGGAGUUUGGAGUGUCUUUGAAUCAGACUCUGUGGAUUGCGUUGUUCAAGGAGCGAUAUCUACUUUCGCCAACACAAGUUCGUUUUUCUGGACUGUCUCUAUCGCUAUAUAUCUGUACAUUUUCAUCGUCAAGUCGAAUCAAAGACUAGCUGACAGCUUCGUGUUAUGUUUUCACGUUAUCAGGUGGGUACGUGCGCUCGAUUCAUUUUCAUAACCUAAUCAUAAUAAUAACAGUUGUAUAAACUGUAAAAUGUUUUGAUUGAUUAGAUUUGAGUUUGGGAUAGGGUCUGUGAAAAAUCAAGGCCAAGAGUCACCUGAUCCAGCUAUUUUGUUUCUCUACUCUAGUAUGACGCGUUUAUGAAUAUUCAUGAGGAAUACAUCACCUUCCAAUACCUGGGAAUUUGAGCACUUCUGACAUGAGGUUACUUCACCAUGUAACAUUUUAAUUCCGCGUUCACAUGCUAGUCGCAACUAGGAAACUGACAUUUCCAACUUUCUAACUUGUUGUGGUUAUACACGUGCUGCGUUCAACUAAUCAGCAAGUCGGACAUUUCCGAGUUUUCUAGUUCCGACAAACAUGUGAACGCGGCAUGUAAAUGUGUCACCUGGUAUUGUACAUAUCAUAGACGCAUUAUACAUUGUACUAUAUGCUGUAGUGUAAACUAUUCAUACUGUUUCAAACAUUCUGAAAAUUAGACUCUGAGCAUCUUAGGGGCUGCACCCCUACUGUCUCCUGUUUACUCAAUUAGGCUAAAUGAACACUCAAUGAAUGCGCAAUUAAUACCCAAUGACACAUUAGAGCAUGUUCUGCACUACACCUUACAUCCAGUCCUUUGAAAUAGAGUAGUUGAAUAGAAUAUACACCACAAAAACACAUAGUAGGUUUCUUAUUGAUAAACAAUACAGAAAGGGUAGUCUGCUUUUGGACAAUUCUUCACUGAGUUAUUUUUUUUGUGUGUAUAACACCAAAAACCCUUUCUCCACCCCAGGGCCCAGGCAAUGGACAUGCCUGGCAACAAGGUGUGUUGUGCUCUAAUGUUCUAUGAUGAAUUCUCCAGUGAUCCCUUUUUCCAUUGAACCUCACACACAACAAGGCCAUUCAUAGUACAUGAAUAACAAACAUACAUAUUUGUAUGAGCCAAGUCAGACUUUGGUUCGAAUACUAUUUGAAAUAAUUUGUAAUACUUUAUCUGGCCUUGACUGAGCUUGCCUGUCGCAAUGGAAGCAAUAGAAUAGUUGCAAAAGUGCAAACCCCAGCCUGCCCAUCCUGCACUCCAGACAGACUAGAGCAAACGCUGAAAUUAUUUGAAAGAUGUUGAAUAGGAUUUGAGUUUUCUGUAACAUGGGAUGUGACCCAAAUGGCACCCCAUUCCCUACAGUGCAUUCAGAAAGUAUUCAGACCCCUUCCCCUUUUUCCACAUUUUGUUACGUUACAGCCUUAUUCUAAAAUAGAUUAAAUUGUUAUUUUUCCCUCAUCAAUCUACACACAAUACCCCAUAAUGACAAAGCAAAAACAGUUUUUUUGAUUUUUUUGCAACUGUAUUAAAAAUUAAAAACGGAAAUAACACAUUUACAUAGGUAUUUAGACCCUUUGCUAUGAGACUCGAAAUUGAGCUCAGGCGCAUCCUGUUUCCAUUGAUCAUCCUUGAGAUGUUUCUACAACUUGAUUGGAGUCCACCUGUGGUAAAUUCAAUUGAUUGGACAUGAUUUGGAAAGGCACACACCUGUCUAUAUAAGGUCCCACAGUUGACAGUGCAUGUCAAAGCAAAAACCAAGCCAUGAGGUCGAAGGAAUUGUCAGUAGAGCGCCGAGACAGGAUUGUGUUGAGGCACAGAUCUGGGGAAGAGUACCAAAAAAUGUCUGCAGCAUUGAAGGUCCCCAAGAACACAGUGGCCUCCAUCAUUCUUAAAUGGAAGAAGUUUGGAACCACCAAGACUCUUCCUAGAGCUGGCCGCCCGGCCAAACUGAGCACUCGGGGAGAAGGGCCUUGGUCAGGGAGGUGACCAAGAACCCGAUGGUCAUUCUGACAGAGCUCCAGAGUUCCUCUGUGGCAAUGGGAGAACCUUCCAGAAGGACAACCAUCUCUGCAGCACUCCACCAAUCAGGCCUUUACGGUAGAGUGGCCAGACAGAAGCCACUCCUCAGUAAAAGGCACAUGACAGCCCACUUGGAGUUUGCCAAAAGGCACCUAAAGGAAUCUCAGACCAUGAGAAACAAGAUUCUCUGAUCUGAUGAAACCAAGAUUGAGCUCUUUGGCCUGAAUGCCAAGCGUCAUGUCUGGAGGAAACCUGGCACCAUCCAUACGGUGAAGCAUGUUGGUGGCAGCAUCAUGCUGUGGGGAUGUGAGAGACUAUGUGAGAGACUAGUCAGGUUUGAUGAACGGAGCAAAGUACAGAGAGAUCCUUGAUGAAGCUCCAGAGCGCUCAGAACCUCAGACUGGGGUGAAGGUUCCCCUUCCAACAGGACAGUGACCCUAAGCACACAGCCAAGACAACGCAGGAGUGGCUUCGGGACAAGUCUCUGAAUGUCCUCGAGUGGCCCAGCCAGAGCCCGGACUUGAACCCUAUCGAACAUCUCUGGAGAGACCUGAAAAUAGCUGUGCAGCAAUGCUCCCCAUCCAACCUGACAGAGCUUGAGAGGACCUGCAGAGAGGAAUGCAGGUGUGCCAAGCUUGUAGCGUCAUACCCAAGAAGACUCAAGGCUGUAAUCGUUGCCAAAGGUGCUUAAACAAAGUACUGAGUAAAGGGUCUGAAUACUUAUGUAAAUGUGAUAUUUCAAAUUUGUAUUUUAAUACAUUGUGUGUAGGAUGAUGAGGGGGGGGCUAUUUAAUCCAUUUUAGAAUAAGGCUGUAACGUAACAAAAUGUGGAAAAAGUCAAGGGGUCUGAACACUUUCUGAAUGCACUGUAUAUAAUGCACUGGUCAAACGUAGUGUACUAUAUAUGGAAUAGGUACCAUUUGGUCGCAGCCAUUGUUGUUGAGGCCCUUUUACUAGGAGCUGAAAGGAAUGAGUCCAAAAAUAUACUUAAAUUCUCUGAAUGAUAAAUUAUAUAAUGAGUCAUGAAAUGUUAAGAGUGAAUUUAAGAUGUUGGCCCUCGGUGAGUGGAAGAUUACCUGAACAUGCAGGGUGUCACACUCUCCCCAGAACUGCUGAUGUGAGCUACAGCGUCACAAGUGGACUACCGACUGACUGAUCUACAAAUCACCUUGCAUCAUAAAUAACAGCUCAUUAUUAUUUGUAGAUCAGUCAGUCAGUUACCCUUGGAUCAUCCAUGCAUCAUGGAUUUGAUUCUCUCAAACACGGCCAACAUCUCAUCUUGGGAAAUGUUAGCCUAGAUCCACACUGAGUUGUUCUGUUUUCGUGUAGUUGAAAGGAUAGUGAAAAAAUAAAUUCAGUUUGCGUACAGGCUACUGAAAUGUAACACUUUAUGACUUUGUGUGACUAGUGUGACUUUGCAGGAAGCAAGUUGCAGAUUUGGUGUUGCACUUUCAACAUCGAGGCUAUAUAGAGCGAGGCCUGUUUUCAACAUUCCUUGGUAGCAUGCAUAGUUGCACAAAAUGAUCACCAGACUUUUGAGGAAGUGCGUGGCUGGCAUUCUAGUCAGGAGGUUCACAGUGAUAUGUUCAUUAAUUCCUUCAUCUUCUUCCUGCUCAUCCACUUCCUAUUCCUCUUCCUCCUCCUCCAUCUCUCCUCCUCCUCCUCCAUCUCUCCUCCUCCUCCAUCUCUCCUCCUCCUCCUCCCCCAGCUGGGGCAUCCCUCUAGGCAUCACAAUAGCAGCUCUGUCUCUGGGACGUAUUGGCUACGAUGCAUCGGAGGUGUCUGUGGGCUGGUGCUGGGUGAGGAUCCAGGCUCCAGACCAUGUCCUGUGGAUGCUGCUCACUGGGAAGAUAUGGGAGUUCCUGGCCUAUCUCACCCUCCCUGUCCUCUAUAUCCUCAUCAAGAAACACAUCCACAGAGCGGUGAGGAUCUGUUACAAUCUAAACCCCAAUACUAUUGAUAAGUGUAAAAAAGGGUUGAAAUUUGGGGAGGAAUACAUGGAAAAUGUUUAUAAUUUAGAGAAAUGAAAGUGGUUUUUUUUAGCUGACUAUAUGAUGAUUUUUUUUUCUUCUCUAUGUCGUCCAGCAUGCGGCUCUGUCUGAGUACCGGCCCAUCCUUGCCUGCAGUCCUCUGUCCCAGUCCCUUUCCAAUAUGGCCGACAGGAAGUUGACCCUGAUCCCCGUCAUCUUCAUCGCCCUGCGUAUCUGGAGCACCGUGCGUUUCCUGCUGAUGCUGGCUGACUCCCCCGCCAGGCAGAACCCUGUGCUCGUCACUCUACAUGUGAGUUUGGGUUGGCAUAUCUCCAGUACUCUUGCGUUGCCAUAUUUCCAAGUCUCUUGUUCGUUGACUGUAAGUCGCUUUGGAUAAAAGCGUCUGCUAAAUGGCAUAUUAUUAUUAUUAUUAUUAUUAUUAUUAUUAUUAUUAUUAUUAUUAUUAUUAUUAUUAUUAUUAUAUUAUUGCCAGAAAUCAAGGUUCUAUCCCCACCAAUGAUUCUCUAAACAUGCCACAGGUAUGUGUGCAGCAGGGUUUCUGUUUGAGGGUAAUAGACAACUUUUUGUCCGAUAGAAAAGCCGAUAAAUUAAAUUGGCGCUGGCCAAUUGUCCGGGAGAAGAAGAAUAAAUCCCAUUGCGAAAUAAUUCUUUUUAGCCUCUUCAUUGGUGGAAACACCAGUCGAUGGAAAUACAUUUGAUUGGUCAUGCUUAUCGGUCUAUAGAUUAAUUUGCAUAAUUUAGUUGGAAUUAAAUUGGCGCGUGUGUACAGUAUAUCUUAUUUAUCACAGGCAGACAGAUACAGAGCUGCUGCAGCAUCUUGUGGUGCUUUCAAGACAACUGGGAACUCGGAAAAAUACGAGGUCAAAUCAUGACAUCGGUGAUCUUCAGGUCGGAAAGUUGGAGCUCUAGAAAGAGGCUCGAAGUUCCCAAGUUGGAUGACCGUUGAAAAAACGACUUUUCCCCCCAGUUCCCAGUUGUCUUGAACGCACUGAUGUCGGAGAUUUCCGAGUUCCCAGUUGUUUUGAACGCGGCAUCAAACGAUAACGGAAGGCAGGCUUCAUCAGCGCGUCACACACCACUUUCCAAUGAGCUGGAGGCAGUGUGCAUUUUGUCAACAUAUACUUCAUUGUUUGAAACCUGAAGGUUUUAAUCCAUAUUAUGAGGCAUGUUUUACCUUGCUUCAAAGUAGCCUAUUAGAUCUCCUCUCUUCUAAAUUAUUUCCAGAUAUUUUCAUCUCUGUCACAUGAAACUGCUCGCAUUUGCAGUGUGCCCUUUUUGACAACGGUGUUUUCCCGCUAACUGCAUUACGUAACGAACAUUAACGCGUAGACUACGGCCUUGUGCGCGCGUUGCUGCGCUUAUAAUGUGAAUACUUUAUCAAAAUGUUAAGCUAACCGUUCUGAUAUGUUGCAUCAGACUCAUUGCUUUUUACGUUUUUUUUAAAUUGUUUUUUUAUGUAGCCUACUGGUUGUAUGAAUUUGGGAUCUAUUGUCCCAGAGUCUGUUUGGAACAGGCUAUUUGUUUCUCGACAAGUUGACCAAUAGAAUAGGUAGCCUAAACUUUUCUACUGUAGUAGAUUGACACAGGCUAGUGAUUUUGCUGUUCAUUAUUCGUCUUGUUGGCUGAGGAAAAGUAAAUGUGGACAGUUAUUCUAACAUGUUCAUAGUGCGCAUCAGAAUUCGGUAAGAAGGACCGCACAUCUCAACUUGCAUGUUCUGUUAAUAUAAAUUACCAUAUUCUAAAUGUGAUUUCUGUCAUUCUGAGCACAGUGGGUGGACACCCGAAUCAGGUUACGCACCCGGUAAAAUGUCCGGUAAAUUAAAAUGUUGCCGGUCAAAUGUCCAGCCCCACAUUUUACUAACGGAAACCCUGGUGUGCCGUAUAAGAACCUUUGCAACAAAUAUCAGUACCUAACGGUCUUUAUCCAUCCACCAUCUUUACAUUCAUCCUCUAGUCAUAUAUCCAUCCGUCCAUAAAUAGUUUUAUCUGUUUCUCUAGGGCAUUGGAAACACCUUCCAGGGAGCGGCAAACUGCAUCAUGUUUGUCCUGUUCACCCAGCCGAUCCGCUCCCGCCUCUCCACCAUGUUCUGUUACUGCUGCUGCUGUUGCAGGGCCGGGUCCGGGGCCUCCCUCACACCCUCCAACACGCCCAACCACAGGACCGGGGCCUCCUACAACACACCCAACCACAGGACCGGGGCCUCCCCAAAACCCUACAACACGCCCAACCACAGGGACUUGGGCCUGGAGUCAGGCCUGGGUGUGGAGACCCCCUCACAACCAGAGGACAACCCCAAUACCAGCCCUCGUGGCUGGCCGGACGGCUGCUGACCCUGGGUCUGAAUGGAUGGACAGAGCACACUCACAACCCUGGCUUUCUGAGACCCUUUUCACACUAUUGAACCGAGCCGAGCUGUACUUGGCUGGCCUGGGUUACACAUCGUCCGCUAUAGAUGCCUGGUGCGGAGUGAAGGGUAGGUCUAAUGGAUACUGAGAGAGAGCGAGAGGGGUUGGAAACAAGCUUCCAUACUGCAGUCCACUCAUUACCGCAAGUGCCCCCCCCCCCCCGUGGCCCGCACAGGACGGUCGCAAAUUCUGCAGACGCGUGCUCGUUGUAAGGCCUCACCUGACAAGCCACACACUCACAUGCACUUUAGGUGAUAAGGAUGAUCGAAGCAUUGUCAUUUUGGAAGAGAUUACUUGCUGUGCUCAGUCACUAGCAUUGGACGUUCCAUAAGGGUGAUUGCAAGGUCAUUUUAGUGGUGAGGUUGUGUGUAUAUAGGGGCUCUGUUCAAAAGUUGUGCACCUAUAUAGGGAAUAGGGUGUCAUUUGGGACGUACGCGUGUGUGUGUUUUUUAUAGCGCUCUAACAUCAAUGUCUUCCUAUUCUUGUGUUUAAUUGGAGCAACAGAAACUGCACAGUGCAAUUUAAUAUUGUUAUUUUUUUAUACUGGGUUAUCUUUCAGUUACUUUAUAGCAUUGUUAACAAUGUACCUCGUAUAUCAAAUGAAUGUUACAUCUACUAUUUUGGAAAGAUGGCACCAUAU